AUGGAGAGAACGAAUUAUAAUGUCGAAAUCACACCCUCUACGGCAAGGGCUCCGAGCACCGCGGCGCCACCUUCCUGCCGGCGAUACGUCCUGUUCCCGGAUCAGGUCGACUGGCGCAAGCAGGGCGCCGUCACCAACGUCAAGAACCAGGGCGGGUGCGGUUCCUGCUGGGCAUUUAGCACGACCGGUGCUUUGGAGGGUCAACACUACCGCAAGAGCGGCAACCUGGUCUCCCUAUCGGAACAGAACUUGGUCGACUGCACGAUCGCGUACGGGAACGAUGGCUGCAACGGCGGCUGGAUGGACAACUCUUACAGAUACAUCAAAGACAACAACGGGAUCGACACUGAGCUGACCUACCCCUACGAGUCAAUGGACGAGACAUACAAG